AUGUACACACCCGCGCAAUCGCGUCAUUUGCGUACACAUAGUCCCCCACUAUCAGCGAAUGCUUCGUCUCACACAUUCACGGCGACUGCCCAGCAACCAAAGUUGAACGUUGUAACACGUCUUGCCAUCGAGGGCAAAGCGAAGCAGGGUCAGGAUGGUAUAGCCAUCAAGAUGUAUCUCAAGCUUUCAAUACCUAUGGACGCUGUUUCUCCUGGUUCGACAUUACCAUUAUUUCCCGAGGGAAACUUGAAGAUGUUAGGCUCAGAAGUCCACCCAAUCGACAGCAACUCUGUCCCUUACAACUUUUCCUCUACGACCUCUCCAUUACUGAACAACACUGCACGCGCUCUCAAUCUACCGGCUCGCUCUCAAAAGUCAUAUCUCUCCGUUUUUGGUAUGCCAAAUUCCAGUGCUUCCGCCAUGGCUGCUUCCUCCCGUGCUUCAUCUUCUACAUCGACCUCUCACACUACCGCAAUUCCGCCUCUGGACGACAAGUACACUGGUCACAUCCUUGUGAGCGGGUACAAUAUCUCCUAUGUCCUACCCAAGGAAUUCCCACCAAGGUUCGGUGAAGACAGCGCCAUCAGGGUUUCGACAUUUUCCGCUGCAAAGAUGCGACGAGGCUCCAUAGGAGAGCGUAACAACAUGCAUUUCAUGGCUGGGAUAGAUCUCUGGGUUCCUUAUGUCUGUCGUCCCCCGAAGGCCCCGUUCCUCAUAUCCAUCCCCCUUCCGCGUUGUCUGUCCAACAAUAUCAAGCUUCGCAUCUUUCCUCCGAGCUCCACAACCACAUCCUCCUCUUUUGCUUCUCUUUCUUCUGCAGAUGAGGAUCCUGGCGCAUGGGAGCUUACAUCUGAGCCUCACGUCACACGAACCACGACUCGUCCUUCGCGAUCAGGGUCCUACGCAGAUAUGGCAGAUGAUGAAUCGUCCGACUCUUCUGCUUAUGCGGACCGAGGCUCUGGCGGCGUUGCUAUCCUGGGCACGUUCCCUUCCACCGACCGUCUUCGUGUUCGUUGGGCAGCACCCAUGAAGACCAUUGACAGCAAAGAUGGCCGGCGGCGCGUAGGGGUGAAAGAGGUGAAGGGUGAAAUGUCAUGUCAUGUGCUUGGAAAGGACUUCGAUCCCGGGAGUGGAAGGGAGGGCAUCUUGAUGAAAUUGGAGUACAAGGGAACAGCAAAAGGUGUUUGGUUUCCUGGUGUGGCAACCAUGCUGGGUAUGGAUGUAGGGCUGGAGGCGAGAGGAUCCGACGUCAUUUGGGCUCCUGGAGAAGAGCCGACCUGGACUGUCACAGGAGGUGCAGGUUACACUGGCUUCGAUAUCAAUCCCCCGUCGACACCAGUCUCGAGGCAAGCUUCGCUGGAACUGCCUCACGAGUCGCCAUUUGAAUCGGCGUCGAGUUCGCGGCUUCAAGCACCUGUGCUGGCCACACGACAUGACUCGACUUCCUCGGCCAGCUCGACCUCAUCCUUAUUGCGUGCGCCACUGCCAGGAGACCAGAUGCCAGACUACUCUUUUGAGGGUUCCCCGACUUCUCUGACACCCUCAGGGACUCUAUCAUCUAUCAGUUCAAUGCCUUUGACGUCAGAAGGACGCAGCCGAGCGAACUCGGACGUACAAAGCAUUCCUCAUCCGCCAACGUCAUUGACCAUCCACAUCAACAUGAACGAUAUACUCCCUCCAUCAAAAAAUGUCUUCACAUUCAAUAUCACCGGCACAAUCCUCGUCAUAUCCCGCCCGCGUGCUUUCAACGGUCACCCCUUGGGCUUAACCUCAAGCCCAGAUGCAGAAGUGGAUCCCAUCCCUAUCGUCUUACCCCGAUUUUCUGUGCUCGCUGCAGAUGCAGAAACAAUUGCGACAAUCAUCCGCAAUGAGUGCGAAGCUGCAACAGUGGAGGUUUACAACAUAUCAGGCAACCUUCUCGAUGCACAGACACGCAGGACCGUUAUGCAGCGUGGAGGGUUGACGCGUUGUGGAUCUGACGGAGGACGUAUUGCUCUGCGCUCCAUCGCAAGAUCGCUUAUCCCGACAAGACCUAAUUCCACAGCAGAUGAUACUCUUGAAAAUGUGAGGCGUCCUCCUAGUCGACCACGCACGCCGACAGGAAUAAACCGCAUAACGACUGGUGUGUCUCUUCCUUCGAUGUUCGGCACCCUCUCGAAAAGACGAAGGGAUGGUCCCCUCAUGAUCCCCUCCGUCAUGGUUGUUGUGACUCCCUUACUUCUCGGUAAUACGACAUCUACAGACGCGUAUGCCGUUCGGGUGCUCCAUCCAGCUCCAUGUGAAAUGGAGUCAGAUUGGAUGGAAUUUGGACUCGCACGAGUAGACGACGCUUCGCCCAAGGACGGUGAACUACCGUCUGUGGAGAUCGCGAGCGUGAGUAUCGACGGCAUGCCCGUCCGGUUCGAAAUGAGUGCAGCCACCAAGCAUGGAGAAGCGUCACUCGUCGACUUAUCAUCCUCUCUUGAUAAGCUGGGGAGCAAGAGUUGGGUCGCCUGGGUUCGAGUUCGUGUGGGUGACCUCACUGGGGACGUUCAGAUUGACUAUCUUGUCAAGAAAACCGAUGAAGGUCUCCGCCAGGAGAAAGGCAAAACCAAGGAUAACGGAUACGUGGGCAUACUGCUGCCCACGUUCACAAUCCCGAUUGGCAAACUCGAAGUUAAUGUGGAAUCCGUUAUAGGCCUAGACCUGCACUCUCUACGCUCAAACCUUGCUCACCAACAAGUAUCUCAACAAGGCAGCAAAUUGUACCAUUACAUAUUGGAAGAAAUGUUCACCCCUACGCUCUCCUUGAAGAUUCAGCCGCGCGUUCCUCGCUUUCACAUCAGCGUCCGGUUCCUGAUGAAAUCAUUCCAGUUUAUGAUCUGGAUGACGCCUGCCAUUCUUGUUCUUGUGGUGCUCCUGAAUCUCGGAGCCGAAUUCAGGCAUAUGAGGCAUUCCCUCGAUCGACGCAUGCCGCUUCGUGAUCCAGCUUGGCAUGAUCAUCCUCAGGCAUCAAUCGAGACGGUGUUCAUUACUACGACUAUCUACGCGCCUGCGCCAACCAAGCCUUCGGUUGGCUAUACAACGCCAUCAACAUCAUCCUCGACAUCAGCAUCGGUGAUGGAGGCUAGUUCUAGUGCGCAUACCGCUGUCCGUUCGUCGGCCUCCCCACCUACAUCACGUCUUUCACCGGGCACAGUGACCGAGAAAGUCACACCCACACCCACGCCAACCUCACCUCCAGAUGAGAACUCGCUUUCUCUCAUCCAUGUACUGCCCUUUUCUUGGCCUUUGAAAUUGGAUCUUCCCCCGGUCGCACAGCAGACGGUAGACACAGUUCUCGAAGGGUUUGCCGUUGUCUGGCAGGUCUUUAGGAGAGUUUAUCAUUAUCCCUUGGAUCCCCCAUGA